GGCGGGGACGGGCGCGGGCAUGAAGCUGGAGGUGUUCGGGCCCCGCGAGGGCCUCGGGGACAAGCCGGGGAGUGACCUGGAGGGGGCGGGCGGCCGCGACGCGCCGUCUCCGCUGUCGGCCGCGGGCGACGACUCCCUGGGUUCGGACGGGGACUGCGCGGCCAACAGCCCUGCGGCGGGCGAAGGCGCCGUGGCGCUGGCGGGCGGCGGCGAGCGGAGCGCGGGCGGAGAGCCGGGCGCGGCGGAGGCGGGCGCGGCGGCGGCGGGGGCCGCGGGCGGCGGCGCGGGCGCGCGCGGUAAGCCGUACACGCGGCGGCCCAAGCCCCCGUACUCGUACAUCGCGCUCAUCGCCAUGGCCAUCCGCGACUCGGCGGGCGGGCGCCUGACGCUGGCCGAGAUCAACGAGUACCUCAUGGGCAAGUUCCCGUUCUUCCGCGGCAGCUACACUGGCUGGCGCAACUCCGUGCGUCACAACCUCUCGCUCAACGACUGCUUCGUCAAGGUGCUGCGCGACCCUUCGCGGCCCUGGGGCAAGGACAACUACUGGAUGCUUAACCCCAGCAGCGAGUACACCUUCGCCGACGGGGUCUUCCGCCGCCGCCGCAAGCGCCUCAGCCACCGGGCGACGGCCCCGGGCCCCGGGCCGCGGCCCCCGGACGCCGCGCCUCCGCCGCCGGCGCCCGCCGCCCCGGCGCCGGCCACGCCCCGCGCGAGCUCGCCCGCUCGGCCCGAGGGGCGCGCCAGUCCGGCGGGCAGGUUCUCCGGCCCCUUCGCCAUCGACAGCAUCCUCAGCAAGCCCUUCCGCAGCCGCCGCUCCGGGGACGCGGGCCCCGGGACGCGCCCGCCGUGGGGCGCGGCUCCCUGCCCGCUGCCGCCCGCCUAUCCCGCGCUGCUUCCGGGCGCGCCCGCCGGGGCCCUGCUGCCGCUCGGCGCGUUCGGCGCGGCCGAGCCGCCGCGGCUGGGCGCGCGCGGAGCCGAGGCGCCGACCCUCCUGCUCGCGCCCCUGGCCGCCCCGGCCCCGGCCCCCGCCAAGCCGCUCCGGGGCCCGGCCGCCUGCGCGCACCUGUACUGCCCCGUGCGGCUGCCCGACGCCCUGCACGCGGCCUCGGCCCGCGCGCCGGGCCCGCACCUGCCCGGCCCGCCCGAGACGCUCCUGGCCUGA